AUGAACAUCUCCAGGUUGGUGAAUUUGCUUGCAGUGGCAAGUGCCACGACCCUUCUCAUCAUCGCACUCGCCAUCGGGAUAGAGGUCUGCAGCAACGUUUUCGAAUGUGGUGAUAAGGCGGUGCGAAUUUAUGGCAUUCUGCUGCUUGUCGGAGCGAUUUUCCUUGUUACCACGACAAUACUUUACUUUGUCAGCUUCUUCAAGAACACAUUCUGGAUACGCAUUUCCUAUGUGCUAGUGGGCAUUCUGGGUGUGCUGUCGAGUCUAGCGGGAACUCUUGUGUAUCCCUACUUGGCACCAGAGUUUUGGGGGCAAUGGCUUUCAACCAUUGCAGCGACGAUAGCACUCUCAUUCACCAUCAGUGUAGUGGUUUCCUUCUCAAAGAAGAAGAACUAG